UGGCAAGUGGCGCGUCUACCUCAAAGUCGUCGCGCGUCAUGAUCCCUCCUCCGUUGCGUAUACACCACCGAACACUCCCUAUGCAUCGACCAAAACCUCUCUCGCUGAGCGACGACAAGGAAAACAAGCCCGGGAUCUCGCAGAAACCCUCUCGCCUCUAUGGUGGCACGCCUCAGUCGGCCGAUAAACUGCGCAAGCCUUUCAAGAUGCCCGGCUGUGCAACACCGACUCGUGCGUCGGAGAAGCCCGCAAGGAAGAGAAGAAAGGUAGACUACGGUGGAGCAGACGGCACGGGCGAAGAUGGCGAUGGCAAAUACACGAAUGAGGACCGACUGGCGCUCGCCACGAGGGACAUUAACAAGUUUCCGGUAUUCAAGCCGAAGGACAAAGAUACGCUGUUUCGACAACGCUUCGCCGUCCCCCUGCUCAAUAAGGGCUCGGGGGAAUACAAUGCGUUUAAGCCUCCACCGUUGCUCGGCUUGAGACAGGGGAGAGUGUUCCAGGCGAAACCUCUGCACGACCCGAGCGGCGAGUUUGCGAUUGUGUUGUAUGACCCAACUGUAGAUGAUAAACCAGAACCCAAAGAAGAAGUGGAAAAGAAGUUGGACGGGUCACAGAAAGAGGAGAUGAAGGUUCCCAUUAUGCAUAAGAGUCUGGCAGACAUACUUGGGCUGAAAAAGAAUGUCGAGGAUAGACCGAGAGUACCUGUAGUGAUUGACCCACGACUUGCAAAGGUCUUGAGGCCGCAUCAAGUCGAGGGUGUCAAGUUCAUGUAUCAGUGCACGACUGGAAUGAUAGACUCGAAGGCACAAGGGUGCAUCAUGGCUGAUGAGAUGGGUCUUGGAAAAACUCUCCAAUGCAUUGCUCUCAUGUGGACGCUCCUGAAACAGUCGCCUGAUGCAGGCAAGCCAACCAUACAGAAGUGCGUCAUCGCAUGUCCUUCUAGUCUGGUUCGCAACUGGGCGAAUGAGCUUGUGAAGUGGCUUGGCAAGGACGCCAUUAACCCCUUUGCUAUCGAUGGUAAAGCGUCGAAAGAGGAGCUGACCCAGCAGCUCCGACAAUGGAAGAUUGCGAGCGGACGUACAGUGACUCGUCCAGUCAUUAUCGUGUCCUACGAAACACUACGUCUCAACGUUGGCGAGCUGAGCGAUACACCCAUCGGUCUCUUGCUUUGCGAUGAGGGUCAUCGCCUCAAAAAUGGCGAGAGCCAGACAUUCACUGCACUGAACAGCCUAAAUGUACAGAGACGUGUAAUUCUUUCGGGAACUCCCAUCCAGAACGACUUGUCAGAGUAUUUCGCACUCCUCAACUUCGCGAACCCCAACUACCUUGGCACGCGCAACGACUUUAGGAAACGAUUUGAGAUCCCAAUCUUGAGAGGUCGUGAUGCGGACGGCACUGACGAGGAUAGAAAGAAAGGCGACGAGUGUAUCAGAGAGCUGCUCGGUCUUGUGAACAAGUUCAUCAUCCGCCGGACGAACGAUAUCCUGUCGAAAUACCUGCCAGUCAAGUACGAGCACGUCGUAUUCUGCAACCUGGCGCCGUUCCAGAAAGACCUCUACAACUUCUUCAUCAAGUCACCAGAGAUCAAGGCUCUGCUCCGCGGGAAAGGUAGCCAGCCGUUGAAGGCAAUCGGCCUGCUGAAGAAACUCUGUAACCACCCUGAUCUACUCGACUUACCAUCCGAUCUACCAGGCUCGGAGAACUUUUUUCCAGAAGACUUCACCCCCAAAGACGCCCGAGGCCGCGACCGAGACGUCAAGACUCAUUUCUCCGGCAAGAUGCAAGUCUUGGACCGCAUGCUCGCCCGCAUCCACGCCGACACCAACGACAAGAUCGUCCUCAUCAGCAAUUACACCCAGACCCUAGACGUAUUCGACAAGCUAUGCCGCGCACGAGGCUACGGCUGCCUCCGCCUCGACGGCACAAUGAACGUCAACAAACGCCAAAAGCUCGUCGACAAAUUCAACGACCCCGCGGGCGCAGAAUUCGUCUUCCUCCUCUCCUCCAAGGCCGGCGGCUGCGGCCUCAACCUCAUCGGCGCCAACCGCCUCGUCCUCUUCGACCCAGACUGGAACCCGGCCGCGGACCAGCAAGCCCUGGCGCGCGUCUGGCGCGACGGCCAGAAGAAGGACUGCUUCGUCUACCGCUUCAUCGGCACGGGCAGCAUCGAAGAGAAGAUCUUCCAGCGCCAGUCGCACAAGCAGUCCCUCUCCUCGUGCGUCGUCGACUCGAACGAGGACGUCGAGCGGCACUUUAGCAUCGACAGUCUGCGCGAGUUGUUCCUCUAUCAGCCGGACACGACGUCGGAUACGCACGACACGUUCAAGUGUAAGCGCUGCAGGGCUGAUGGGCGGCAGCAUAUCAAGGCGCCGGCGAUGCUGUAUGGCGACACGAGUACGUGGAAUCAUUUUGUUAAUGAUGGUGCGGACGGUCCGUUGGGUAAGAUUCAGGAUCUGUUGCUGAGGCAGGAGACUGGGGAGCGGGAUGUGAGUGCUGUGUUUCAGUAUAUCAGUCAUUAGACGUGAGGUUCGUGUGUUGGGUUUCGUACGUUGGAAGCGUGGCUUGUAAAUGCGGGUUUUGGGGGUUUAGGAAAGGGACACGAAUGUUUAUGAAGCGCAUGGCAUUUUUAUCAUGGAGACAAGAUCGCUGUUAUUGCUUGCCUGAUUGAUAGAACCAUCGAACUUGGAAAUAUGCACCCUGCGCCUGUAUAAAUAACCACACGCCGAAUAUAUCGUCGUACCCUCCCUGCGCAGUCAGAGCAGAACCCCCCUGAAAAUGC